AUGCUGCAGAGAGCCUGGAACGUGGUGAAGCGCCACAGAUGGAAGUUCCUGCUUGGGGGCGGCACGGUCGCCGGCGUGGCGUACCUGGGCCGUCGGGUUUACGUACAGUACAAGCAGCUGUCAGUGCUGCUGGAGGAAACAGAGGAUCUCGAUCGUCUUCUCGCGGCGCUGCUUGGCUUAGACAGUGAGGACGAUGCGGCGCAGAGCGCUGCUGACGGGCCGAGGCGCUCAGAAUCAAAAAAGGACAGCUUCCUCUCUCUCGCCUCCUUGUCGGCGCUCCUGGAGCGGCUCGGCCUGCCGACAGGGGAGCGGCAGGGGCUGAGCGCCGCCCGCGCGAGCCAGUCGGCGGAGUGGAAGAUGAUCGCGCACUUCUGCAUACGCAGCUUCAGGCGGACAGAGCCGCCUGGGGUCUCCGCGAGGAGAUAA